AUGCCUUUCCUUUCGGCAUUCCGCUCAUUACCUCUCAUUUUAUGUAUCGUCCUUUUCGCCCUCCAUGUUCUCGCGGACCAUACGCAUCACGGCCACUUCGGCCUCGACCGAGCCACCCACCGCGACCUCCUCUCAAAACGCUGGCUCACCAUCCAACCCUCCGACAACAACAAGCUCUGGCCCGAGGCCACGGUCAAAUACACGUUCGACAAUAGCCAAGCUAAAAAGGAGCUCGAGCCCAUUCUCAAACAAGCCAUGGAGCUUUGGUACUGCAGCGGGCUGCCUAAAACGUUCAAGCUGGAAAAAGCCAACGUGCUGAAGGCGUUGGACAAGAAAAAAACCCUCCGCAUCUACUACAACACCGAAGGCAUCAUGUCGACGUCCAACGGCAUUCCCAACACUUCAAACGGACCGGUCUCGCAUCUCAGCACACGCGAUGACAUCGGGAUGAUGGAUCCCGUGGCGAACGUGGCACAUGAGAUCGGACACAUGUUUGGCCUGCUCCAUGAGCAUCAGGAUGCGGUGUACUGGGGGUCGGGGCUCGAGGGCGAUGAGCCUGUGUUUGAGUUCAAUUGCAAGAAUCUGAAGGAUUACGAGGACAAGACUCGCGGGAAGUCCAAGGACGAGAUCGAGGGUGUGGAUGGCAUCUGCAAGUCCCGCGAGGCGGCCGCAAGUGCGGGCUUCUCUGCUGCUGAGUACCUCCCGAUCCGUGGGAAUACCGUUUCGCCGCACAAAUUGUCGGCUGGGAGUGAGGACGUGGAUUGGGAUUCCAUCAUGUUGUAUCCAAGUGGAGCUGGUGGGAAGCAGUCCACUGAGACGAGUGAUAAUCGGGCGCCAGUGCUGUUGAGGAGGACGAAGCUGAAUAAGGACGACGAUCGUUUGAUCCAGCCGGUAGUCAGGCCGAGUAAGAAAGAUGUGGAUGCCUUGAAGAAACUUUAUAACAUAGCAUAG